AGGCAAGAGGCUGUGGACGAUUCUUUUAAAAAUUAGUGAAACAUUGAUAUAAAGGGACAAAUUCAUUAACCGCAUUAAUUUAAUUAUCCUGAAAAUCUGUAAGAUAGAAAGUCCCUACUUUUAUCCACCUUCAUUGUUACCUUCCAAGCAGCUCUCCAUAGCAACUGAAAACGUCUCUGGGUUGAAAUAAUCCCCUCCGGUUCCCAGCGCACAGUCAAGGAAUUUUAAAAACAGGACUUUGAAGCCCCGAAACACUCUCCGAGAUUUCAAAAGCUGCAGCGCUCCAGAUAAAAAAUCAUUUAUCUUUCUUAAGAAAUUCCUCUCCUUACAGGUUUAUCCCAUUAACAGCCACCCACUCAUCCCUGUCCAAUACAGACUCAGGGUAAAGGAAGAGUGGAAAUGUGCCUCUGGACAAAGCUGUCAGUGCAUGGGGUGCCUUUGCUCCUUCUACUCAGCCUUGUCUCCUGCAAGGAGACAGACACACCUUCAGUCCAGGACAGCACCAUCCCCGGGAGUCCAGGCCAACUGGCAGAAAUACUACGAGUUCUCACUGCUGGUCAUCACCCACCCCUCAACCACUCCAGGAGCCUCAUCAGAGCAUUGUUGGAGAAGACCGGGUGCCCACGAGCACGUGGAACGCGAGGAGACUGUCACCUGUGUUUUGAACCAGAUGCACUGUUACUAAUAGCUGGGGGAGAUUUUGAAGAGCAGCUUCAAGAGGAGGUCAUCCAGAGAGUUUCUCUUCUCCUGCUCUACUACAUUAUUCAUCAGGAAGAAAUCUGUUCUUCAAAGCUCAACUUGAGUAAUAAAGAAUAUAAAUUUUACCUACACAGCCUCUUGAGCCUCCGGCAGGAUGAGGACUCCUACUUCCUUUCACAGAAUGAGACAGAAGAUAUCUUGGCUUUCACCAGGCAAUACUUUGACACUUCCAGGAGCCAGUGUAUGGAGACUAAAGUGCUGCAGAAGAAAUCUGGAAUCCUGAGCAGUGACGGUGCUGACGAAAAUACCCUUCCUCAGCUAGCAGCGAGCAUAAUUGCUCUGUCCCUCCAAGGUGUUUGUUUGGGACGAAGAAAUUUGCCUUCCCCAGACUAUUUUACUGAAUAUAUUUUCCGCUUCUUGAAUAGUACAAAUACGCUCCACCUAUCAGAACUGGACCAACUCCUCAAUAUUCUUUGGACCAAAAGCACCUGUAAGAAAAAAGCUGAAAACCAUCAACCUCAGAGGAAACAAGGCAACAUAAGGGUCCAUGAUUGGGAUUACCAUAACCUUUCUGUGUCUAUGGACAAAGAGUCAGAUGAUAGUCCAGUGUCCUGGGAUCAGACCUGCUUCUCCGCUAGGCAAUUGGGGGAGAUAUUUUUACAGAACAGCCUUUCGCCCAUUUCUAAGGAGGACUUCAGGCGCAUGAGUCCAGGGAUCAUCCAACAGCUUCUCAGCUGCUCUUGCCAGCUGCCCAGGGACCAACAAGCAAUGCUUCUACCUACCACACUAGAAAAAUAUGGCUACAGCACAGGAGCUGUGAUGCUUCUCACACUGGGCUCUAUGCUCGGGACUGCACUGGUCCUUUUCCACGGCUGUGAGGAGAACUACAGUCUCAUUCUGCAGCUCUUUGUGGGUUUGGCUGUCGGGACGCUCUCAGGAGAUGCACUGCUCCACCUUAUCCCUCAGGUUCUUGGUUUACAUAGGCAGGAAGCACCGGAGUUUGGACAUUUCCAUGAAAGUAAAGGUCAUAUUUGGAAACUGUUGGGAUUAAUUGGAGGCAUUCAUGGGUUUUUUUUGAUAGAAAAAUGUUUUAUUCUUCUUGUGUCACCAAAUGCCAAGCAGGGCCUGUCACUGGUUAAUGGGCACGUGGGGCAUUCCCACCCUCUCACCCUCCACUCUGAGUUAGGUGACCAAUCAGACAGAGGCAAGUCGGCUUCCACUAUCCAGUUGAAAGGCCCGGAUGAUUCACAGGCAGCUGAAAUUUCUACAGCCAGCAUAACAACCUCCAACAGAAAACGCAAAACCAUUAGCUUAUUAGCAGUAAUGAUACUGGUUGGGGACAGCCUGCAUAAUUUUGCAGAUGGCCUAGUGUUAGGAGCAGCCUUCUCCUCUUCAUCUGAGUCAGGAGUGACCACAACCAUUGCUAUCUUGUGUCAUGAAAUUCCACAUGAAAUGGGAGACUUUGCGGUACUGUUAAGCUCUGGACUUUCUGUGAAGACUGCCAUCCUGAUGAAUUUUAUAAGUGCUCUGACUGCCUUUGUAGGCCUGUACGUUGGCCUGUCAGUGUCUGCUGACCCGUGUGUCCAGGACUGGAUCUUAACCGUCACUGCGGGCAUGUUCUUAUACUUAUCCUUGGUGGAAAUGCUUCCUGAAAUGACUCAUGUUCAAACACAACGACCCUGGAUGAUGUUUCUUCUGCAGAACACUGGAUUGAUCCUAGGUUGGCUUUCUCUCUUACUCUUGGCUAUAUAUGAACAAAAUAUUAAAAUAUAAAUUAAGAUGCUCAGAAUCCUUCAAAAGUGAAUCUGUAUGACCUUAUUUAAUUUCCUCCAUUGUACUCUACAAUGAUUAGUAAACAGUAUUUUUAUCGUAGGUGAAGACUGUGUCUUUUAGUUCAUUAACUUAGUAAUUUUAUAAUGCACUUUUGUUUGGGGGUAUGUAUAAAGGUCAGACUGUACUGUGUGGAAAUAUUGUUUGUUUCCAAUACUGUGAUGGAACUUCUGCUAUGCUUUUGUCUUUUUUUAGUAUCAUAAAAAACUUUAAAAAAUUGUUUCUCUAAGAAAGAAUGUAGUAUUUGAAGUAGAAAGAUGUCUGUGGGGAUAAAAUCAGGUGCAACUGCUUUGAUGUCUAAUUAAUGCUUUUUUCUGUGAAAUUAUAAACCCUUAGCAAACUAAAUUAUAAACAAAUGCAAUAAAGUCUAGUUUUAAUGUGG